AUGUAUCCUAAGAAAAUCGAUGAAAGACGAAUAAUCGACCUUAAACAAGAUGUACAUCUUGCGUCUGAUUAUUUAAGGGCAAAAUGUUGGAUCUACGAGCACUUCCCUCACAUCUGUGAGCAAAAUACCCAGCAUUGUGCGGCUGCUGACCCUUGUGCGAGGAGGUGCAAGGCCAGACAGACCCAUCCAAGAGGGGUGAUUGAGUACAGGCGGAGGCUGGAUGCUCAACCGCUGGAUGAUGUCAUCUGGACAUCGUAUACAGGUCACCACAAUCAUCUUCCUUUUGAUGUAUCUUAUUUAUAUUCAGCGUAUGUCAAAUGGGAGAGCCAUAUGGCUAGACACUUGCCUGAGAGGUGUCUACGCCAGUAUGGUUAUAUACAGGGAAUCCCACGGCCGGUCCCAGAGACUCCAGCUGGUGGCAUUGAUCAGUGGUUUCAGAGUCACAUCCUCAGCUCCCCCCGUGAGAUCAUUGAAACAUCCGUUGCGGUUCAGCAGCCUCGACAAUGUCAGGAUGGUUACUUAGAGUGGUUCCUCAGUGUGUCACACCCUAGGGUCAUACCAUCUGCCGUAACAUUUGAUGUUCCAGGGCCUUCAGGUAGUAGGGCUACUUCACCACCACCACCUCCACCUCCCGCAGGUGACCAGGACAGUCGUCUGCAGUACAUCUCCGUUCACUUGGAUAGCCUCAUGGGUUUGAUGAACACUGAUGGUGAGGUUCACAGUAUUUUAGCUAGGUUGACGGAUGUUUCCCGUGGAAGACCUAUGUAG